GAAGCCCAGAGGCGACCGCUGCCGGGAGCGCGCCGGAAGGGCGGGGCUUUCGUGCUCGGGGGUAGCCGCUGGCCUUGGGCUGAGUGCCAGUGCCGAGGGAACAGCUCAGGUCCAUUGUAGCUUCUUUUUAAAAAAUUUUCUCUGCUGCCUCCAAAAACGGAAGACCUUGGCCCAUGGAUAUAGAUCCUGUCGAGGGUGGCAGGAUGCCAACAGCCCCAGCCCCGGUGCAGUCUGAAUCCAGCCCGGUUGAAGAGGAGACCCCUGCCCUCAUGUGGGGAUUGGAUCCUGUGUUUCUGGCCUUUGCCAGACUCUACAUCAGGGAUAUCCUGGACAUGAAGGAAUCCCAGCAGGUGCCAGGUGUUUUUUUCUACAAUGGACAUCCAAUAAAACAAGUAGAUAUCUUGGGAACUGUCAUUGAAAAGAGAGAAAAAGAUAGCUUCUACAGUUAUGGAGUGGAUGAUAGCACUGGAGUUAUCAACUGCAUUUGUUGGAAAAAGUCGCGUAGUACUGAGUCCUCUCCAGCUCAAGCUGCUCCAAGUGCUGCACGAGAGCUAAGCUUAACCUCGCAGUUUAAGAAGCUGCAAGAGACCAUUGAGCAGAAAACCAAGAUAGAAAUUGGAGAUGUUGUCCAAGUCAGAGGCAAUGUUCGCAUAUACCGGGAAGAACGAGAAAUUCAUGCCACUACCUAUUAUAAGAUAGACGACCCAAUGUGGAGCAUUCAGAUCUGCAGGAUGCAGGAACUGCCCAAUAUCUACAGGAGAGUCUAUGACCAGCCUUUUCAUAUCCCAGCCCUGGAGAAAGAAGAGACCCUGAACAGCAAUCCAAGCACCCUGGAUCUUGCCCAUCUCACAUGUUUGCUGAGUGAAAAAGUCAAAGAAUUUCUCGAGGAGAACAGAGUGCCAAGCUUUUACCAGCAGGAGUUGGAAGCAGUGGAGUCUUUGAUGUCCCUUGCCAAUCAGCCUGUAAUUCACAGCACCUGCCCUGACCAAGUGGAUUGUAAGAAGGAUACCACUUCUAAGGCAAUUCAUAGUAUAUUUAAGAAUGCUAUUCAACUGCUGCAAGAAAAGGGCCUUGUAUUCCAGAAAGAUGCUGGUUUUGACAAGGUGUACUAUGUAACCAGAGAAGACAAAGAUCUGCACAGAAAGAUCCACCAGAUCAUCCGCGAAGACUGCCAGAAGCCACACCUUGCGGAGAAGGGCUGCCACUUGCGGCACAUCCUGGCCUGUGCUCGCCUGAAUCUCAGCGUGGACCUGAGUGAGGCUGUGCUGCAGCGGGUGCUGGAGCUGCUGGAGGACCAGAGUGACGUGGUCAGCACGUUGGAGCACUACUACGUGGCGUUCUGAGCAGGGCUGUCCACUCCUCAGGUCCUGACUGUAAACACAGAAACUUCCUGACUGUGACUUGUGGCUUCUCACGGAGAGUUACACCAUAGCAGCCAUGAGCACUAUCCACCUGCUCUCUGCCUGGAACUUUGUUCUGUCAAAACAUGCAGCAAACCUCCCCUCCACCAUCCUCCUCCCUGCCCCCUCAACCUCCGUGCUGCAGUAGAGGGAGACUGUGCUGGCAGCUUCCUCAGGGUAUGUGGGUCUGGGGUUCUGUCAUGGUGGACGGAUGUCACAGGGCAGAGGCCCACAUUCUGCUGGAGCUGAUGAGGCUGGCAGACCCAUGCUGCGGGGGCUGCUUCUGGUGAUGGCUCAGAGCCAUCCUAGGGCAGUCACUGUCCCUGGAGGAGUGUCUGUGGUCCAGGCAA